UAUCACGGCAAGUGUAACACACAGACACAGCCGCGGCUGGGGCCAGAGCUAUGCCUUUAACAGCCAGCCUGCUCUGCUGCUAGCUUUCAUAGGAGCUUCCGAGAGCAAACCUCAGUGCAGAGGCUGGAGCUCAGCGUGUGAGAGCAUAGAGUUCUGUGCAUUGCAUGAACUGUCAUCUCAACUUUGUAGAGGACUUGGUUUGUGUUUUUUUUUUGGUUGUUUGUUUUUCUUGAACUGUGUACGAAGACCUGUUCAAGCCCAUUUGAGCCAUGAGUGGUUGUUCGAAGAGGUGCAAGCAUGGGAUUGUCAAAUUUGCUCAGACUAUUUUCAAGCUCAUCACAGGCACCCUCAGCAAAGAUAAAAUUGAAGAUGAAUUAGAAAUGACUACAGUGUGCCAUAGACCCGAAGGGCUGGAACAGCUUGAAGCACAAACCAAUUUCACUAAAAGAGAACUUCAAGUGCUUUACAGAGGAUUUAAAAAUGAAUGUCCUAGUGGGGUUGUUAAUGAAGAAACAUUCAAACAGAUCUAUGCACAGUUUUUCCCUCAUGGAGAUGCUAGCAUGUAUGCACAUUAUCUCUUCAAUGCAUUUGACACUGCACAAAAUGGCUCAGUGAAAUUUGAGGAUUUUGUGAUGGCAUUGUCCAUUCUGUUGCGGGGAACAGUUCAUGAAAAGCUAAGAUGGACGUUUAACCUGUAUGACAUCAAUAAGGAUGGCUACAUAAACAAGGAGGAAAUGAUGGACAUUGUAAAGGCAAUCUAUGACAUGAUGGGAAAGUACACGUAUCCAGUGCUCAAGGAAGAUGCACCACGGCAGCAUGUAGAAGUGUUCUUCCAGAAAAUGGAUAAGAACAAGGAUGGAGUUGUAACUUUAGAUGAGUUUAUUGAAUCAUGUCAGGAGGACGACAACAUCAUGCGAUCCUUACAGCUCUUUGAAAAUGUGAUGUAGCCCUGCCUGGUGAGCACUGGAGGAGUCAGAGACUUUGUGUGUAACGAAGAUCUCCUUUCUGGGUGAAAGCUUUUUACAAUACAGCCAUGUCCAGUGUGUGAGGAUUUUGUAUGACAUCUCCAACCAAAUGGCAACCGAAUGCAACCGAUCCCACCUCUUCUUGCUGAGAGACGCCGGUGGACCUUUGUUUCAUUUUGGAAGCAUGUGAAUAUUUUAAUAAAUCCUGACAAGAGAGAACUGCUGCUCAAAGCUCAAUGAGUAAUAUAAAGCAUUGUUUGCUAGGCACAAGUUCUGCUUUUAAUCUAGCAAGCUUGAUUACAUAUGAUAGCACAUGUUGAUAGCUUACUCAGCCAUCUAUUGCAAGCGAAAAGCUCAGCCUAAGCUCCCACAUGGCAAAACACUUUAUGAAUGCCUUGCCAUUCAAUCUGCUUCGACAAAAGUCAAACCUGCCAGGGCAGUCUGUAAGAAAUGAACAGAGAAUGUACCUGGGACACAAAGCAGGCAGCCUGUGUAGCCAGUAUCCCCAUUUCUGCAGAGAUCACA